AUGAGUGAAUCCAGUCAAAUUCACUCACGCUGCCGAGAACAGACUCUCAAGUUGGCACAGCACACUUCAGACUGGGCUGCAAGUUUAUUACAUUUGUGCCUUUGACCAUAGAGCUACAGAGUCUUCUCUGACCAGAUCAAGGCUAUAAACCCGUCAAUCAUCAUUAACUUUAAAGGGUAUGACAACACCUGGGGAAAUGCUAAUAUUCCAUCAUUUAUCCAUCAAUGCAUGCCUUUUGAAUUCAUAUCAUGCCACUUCGUGUAAUUACACACAUCGCAACACCAAGAAAAUGAUAGAAAUUAGGUCGAUUGUCAAGCUAAAAGGACCCGCCCCCGAGAUGCCGGAAAUCUAGCAUAUUGUGUGCGUGACGUCACUUUCGGGAAACAGCCGGCUCAGUGCUUAGUACUGAAUGGCGGCGACGAUGGCGGACAAUUUUGUUUCUAUUUGCAGCGACGAAUCCGACGUAACGAACAUUCUUCUAAUGGUGACGAGGAGAGUUAUGACCCUAUCUUUGGUGUUUUGGGUUAUCAAUUUGAGCCCAAACGAAAGCCAAUGCAGCCUAAUGAAAGGAUCAUUGAGGGGAGCAAUCACACUGAUGAAACCCCGACAACAGUUCGUUUGGGAAACACCAAAUGGUAUGUUUUGCAUUUCUUUUUGUGAAGCUGAUACACCGUGACCGCAAAAUAAAGUAAUGUAUAGAAUAAUUAUCAUUUAAUAUGCUAUCAUCGGUUUCGCUCUGCCAACCGACACAAAUAUGAAUGGGAUUAGAGCAGGGGUCCCCAACCUUUUUUGCACCACGGACCGGUGUGAUUUGGGUCUUUUUUUCACGGACCGGUGUCCCACUUUUAUAUUCAGUUGGACUCUCAAUGUUAUCCAAUGGUGCUAAAAAACUAUUUACAUCACAAACAUACAUGUGCAACACGGAAAUGGCGUAAAUUAACGCUUAACGACACGGCGAAGUUGUUGUGUGCGCCAAACAUGGCAAACAUGUCGGUGGCGCGGGCCACUUAGCGGGUGGCCAUGUCGGAGGAGCGGCGGCAGCGGGCGCCCGGCAGCGAGGAGGGCGACACGAGCGACGGCGACGCCGAGCCAAGCGCGCUGCUGCAGAAGCUCAAGACCAACAUCUCGAAGAACGUCCAAAGCAAAGUGGACCAGAUCCUGCAAGAUGUUCAACGCUUCUCCGACAAUGACAAGCUGUACUUGUACCUCCAGCUGCCGUCGGGCCUCGGCGCCGGCGACAAGAGGUUCGCCGCCGACGCGACUUCUGCCCCGCCCUCCGGCGACAAGAGUGGCGGCGGCGACGCUUGGUUCAACACGUGCGAGCAACUCCUCACGUGCAAUUGGAUCCGCAGCCACCUGGAGGAGCACUCGGACACGUGUCUGCUCAAGCAAGACGUCUACGAAACCUACAAGCGCUACUGCGACAACCUGCAGCAGAGGCCGCUGAGCGCCGCUAACUUCGGCAAAGUCAUCCGGGACAUUUUCCCUAACAUCAAAGCGCGACGCCUGGGAGGCAGAGGGCAGUCUAAAUAUCCUGACCUCUGGUGGUUAGCGGUGACGUUAGCUAGCGUGUACAGUUGCCUUUUCCUUAACUACUCAGGUGGCACGUACUGUUACAGCGGAAUCAGGAGGAAGACAGUCCUCAACAUGCCACUCCUGCCCAAACUGGAUCUCAAGAAUGACCCGGCGGAGUUGACUGAGUUAGUCCAGACGUACAAACAGGAAGUAAUGGAAGCGGCGUGUGAGUUGAUCUGCGAUUGGGCGCAGAAGAUCCUGAAGCGUUCCUUCGACACAGUAGUGGAGAUCGCUCGCUACCUCAUCCAGGAGCACAUUGUCAACCCUCGAUGCAGCCAAGCCGAGCUCGUGGCGUCGGCAGCGCUAGCGGGAGGUCCCGCCAAGCCUCAUAAGGUCAUCAAGAAGAGCCCGCUGGCGUCCAAAUGCGAGGGUGACACCCCCGCGGAUCCUAAGCGGGACUGCGGCGACUCCGCCACCUCGUCAAAGCUGGCAUCCGACAAGAUGGUGGCGGUAUCCAAACCCCAGUCGCUAGAGGCCCCGCCUUCUCCCGCUGUCUCGUCUCUGAGGCCCGCGGUGGAGGCGUACAUGAAGCAGCUUCCACGAAUCCUUCCUCGCAGUUCCCUCCCGGAUAAGACGCCGCUGUCAGUGCGCUCGUCGCCGCCCUCUCUGGUGCCCAGAGAUGCUUCCGGCGCGGGCGGCGCCUCGGGAACGGGCGGCGCCAGCGCAGCGAGCGCCGGCGUAAAGGUGAUAGCCAUGGCGACGCUGCCCCAACAGCAGGGCGGGCCCCUCCCCUUGGUCAUCGUCCCCCAGGGGUGUUUGUCAUACGAACGGGAGAAAGCGCCCCCGCCCGCGUCGGUGCUCCAGAAGGUAAGGGAGGGUCCCGCCAAGCGGCCCCCAGAGGCCACGUCGGCAGGCGCUCCUGCGGGUCCUCCUGUCAAACGGAAACGCGGGAGGCCUAGGAAACCCCGCCCGGAGGACGCCUCGCCUCCGCCCGCCCCGCCCCCUCAUCCGCCACCGCCGCCCCACGGCCAAGUCAUCACCUCGGUGACGGGCGGCGUCAUCCAGAAGGCGUCCCCCUCUUCGUCCGCCGCGCAACCGGUGCUGGAGUUGCUCAUCCAGGAGCCGCCGAGCCUCCUCCUAAGCACAUUGCCGGACGCCGGCAGGCCGGGCAGCGACGCGAUGCGCCGGCGACUGGGCGACGGUUCAGCCCCUCCCGAACCUGACCACCGGCCCCGACCGCUGCUGCUCUUCCAGAGCGCCACUAACGCCGGCUGGGAGCUAGCGGCAGCCGGUCGCACGCCCAUGGUAGAGGUUAUCCAGAAGGCGCCCCGUCCCAACAACAACAAGAACAACAACCCUCCUCUGGCAGCUCCCAGAAUGCAACGCGACUGCGGCGACGCGGAUGUCACCAUCAAACCGUUGGACGUCAACAAACCAUCUUCCUCUCAGAUCAGUAAGGAGGAGGAGCCUGCGGACAGUCCCUAGAGGCCAGCUCCUUUUUUUACCUCAAAGCCCCACCCCCAGGUGGAAAUCCCAGAUUGGAAACCAAUCGGGAGGAUGAAUGAAGCCUGAUCCGAUGAUGAGUUCCCGUUGCACUAAACUUACACUGUGGCUCCUCCCCCGCUCCGCUUGUCCGUCCCUCCGUCCGUCCCUCUCGGGACGCAACAGGACAUUGACUUACUACGGGUCAGAACCUGCGGCAGGUUCUUCGUGCUGACCUCUCAACUCACUUGUGCUUCUUUGUUCAUUCGCUCCCGUCUUUGUGUGUACGUUUGUGUAUACCGAUCACAUGACCUCCCGUCCGAUCGGUUCGUCACCCGGCAGAACAAGCCGUCGUCGGGCGCGUCCCUGUGACGUCAAUGUCCAGAAAGGUGAGCACCACCUCCAUCAAAUGUUCUCAUGCAGUAAAAUAUAUCGUUAGCCCGUUAGCGCUCAUUUGUUUGCGCGGGUUUUGCCGUGUGGGAGGGCGGCCGGAUUUGGAGAAAAAAAUGUAAUAUUUGGUCCCGGUCGGCCAAAUCAAAAGACGCCAAGAUCGGGAAUCGGGUAACGCGUUUGCGUCCUCUUGCACUUUGAAUAAGGAAGUGACUUUUGACUGUUGUAGCAAGUGUUUUGUGCGUGUGACGCCAUCUUGUUUGUGGGUGAUGUUGUCCCAUGAGUUCUCUCUCGUGCCCCGCAUGGUUUUUGUGUGAAGUUCUUUUGGUGUAUUUGCGUUGUUUCUUGUUUGCACUUUAUAUUUUGUCCCCGUUCUUCUCGACGUUUUAUUCGACUGUAAAAAAAACUUGACAAUAAUCAUCAAAAAGGCACCUUUGCUUCCCUCGCCUCGUGGCUCCUUGGUUUGCUCGUGAAGAGAAAGUUGACGUGAUGGAUCUAUUUUCCUACGCGGACUGACACAAUAAAAACAUGUCACACGUUUACAGCACGAUUCUGGCUUGCUUUAUUGACAAAAAGAAAUAUUAUUUUACCUCAUUCACUGCCGCUGUGACCCGAAAACAACAGUAAGUGAUCUAAAAUGCUCCAAAAUCAACAGUAAGUGACCUAGAAAUGCGCUAAGAAACCCCUAAAUCACCAAAAAUCAACAGGGAGUCAGAGGCGUAGCAAGGGUCCCCGGGGCCCCAGGCAACAUGGGGCCCUUCUGAGUCAUGUGACACACAUACAUACUCGCGCAGUAUAAUGAAUACAAAGGUGGGGGGUGCGAGUGCGCGCUGCGUGCACGUGCGGUCAUCUGGGCCAUAAAAUUGGCGAAAACUAAGCACUUCACACUGACUCGUAUGGAUGUACUUACAGUCGUUCAUGGACGCACACAUUUUAACAGGUGGCCGUCCUCUGCUCAAAAUGUGCACCUUACGCUUAUUCUCGCUCCCAGAAUACGCAGCACUUGGGACGUAGGACAAUAACAGGACUGGUUGCUAUGGGAACGUACGCAUACCCAAGGAACCUUGCUAAAAGGAGUGUUAAAAUUGCUAAUAAAAUUGUUUAGGAUUAUUUUAGAUGCAUAUAUGUUAUAUUUUUCUUAUUGAGCAGACAUGUCCAAAGUGCGGCCCGGGGGCCAAAUGCGGCCCGUAGUCAAAUUUCAUCUGGCCAUUAAUAAUGUCUGGCCCGCACACAGAUUUAUUAAAUUGGUCAGCAGUACUGCUUACACAUUAAAUGCUUCUCCUCAUUUACCCACUAAAAGGCAGCAGCCCUGUAAGCAACAUUACCCCGUGUGACCCUUGACUUCCAAUUUUCUAAAAUGGCAACAAUCAACAACAAAAAACAAAGUUGACUGCAAAGGCCGACGCUUCAAGGAUAGGUGGAAAUUGGACUAUUUCUUCACUAAAAUACGCAACAACUGUGUCUGCCUCAUUUGCAAAGAGACAGUCACUGUUUUUAAAGAGUUCAAUGUGAGGCGAUAUUACCAAACAAGACACCCUGACAUGUACGACAAGAUUACAGGGAAGAUACGCAGCGAGAAAUUGAAGCAACUUGAAGCUAGUUUAAUUACACAGCAGCAGUAUUUCGCAUGAUCCCGAGAGUCGAAAGAGAACGCCACAAAGGCUAGUUGCGAGAUUGUUGAAAUUAUCAAUUAAAAAAAUUAAAAUAAAAUAAAUAGAGGUGGGAAUCUUUGGGCACCUAACGAUUCGAUUACGAUUCAGAGGCUACGAUUUGAUUAUAAAUCGAUUAUUGAUGACCCCCUCCCGCUAUUAGCUGCUAAUGUUUUGUACAUUAGUUACAAAAACUGUAAAAAAAUAAAAUAAAUUAAAAAUUUUUUUUAAAACCUCGCAGGCUUAAAUAAACGACUAUUUCAGUAUUAAGUUAACAGUUAAAAACAAUAAAUAAUAUACUCAAAGCUUUAAACUUAUAUCGUUAGCCCGUUAGCGCUCAUUUGUUUGCGCGGGUUUUGCCGUGUGGGAUUUAUUCAAUUAAUUUAAUGUUGUCAAUCAACCGUUAAAGUUGUUAAAAUUGCUCCUGUUAUUACAUAAUUUCCCUUUUGUCUACUUUCGACAUGUGAAAGUUUUAAAACUAUUUUAAAGAUAGAUUCAAGUCAAUAUUUUACCGAUUUAGGACUAUUUUAGAUAAAAAGUUAAUUAGGUUCGCUUGGAAGGUUCGCUACAACAGCCUUGCAGGGAAGUCUACUGCUUUAAGAUGGCGGCAGUUUACUAACGCCCGCAUCUAGCUUUCUCUACAUGUGCUGCUAUUGCCACUGAGUCUGUAUUGUAUGUCCUAUAUAAAUAUAUCUACCUUAACAUUAUGUAUUGUGGACGUACUUUGUAGCAGCUUUCGGCAGCAGUCAGGUAUGUUGUUGUUUUUUUUUUAUCUCGCGGCAUGAGUUGAGCUAGAGCCGUGAGUUGAGCAUUGGCAUUACUCGAGGGGCCGGGUAAUGACAAGCAUGAUGUUUAGCUACUCUCGCUCCGUUCCUCAUUGCGUCCCGAAGACCGCGCGGCGCGCUGAGUGUGUUUUACUUCCGCUUUACUUGACAUAUUUCAAUAAUUGGAAUUUGGAUGUUUGUGAAUCAUUCUCGAAUCUUCCACGGCCAAAUCGCGAAUAAUCUAAGAAUCGGAAAUUUCGCACACUUCUAAUAAUAAAGCCAAUGUGACACACAGAAUGGCUUGCUAAAAUUUGCUUAAAUAUAUUGUUCUACGUAAAGGACGUCAGCCAAGGUCGGCCCCCCACAUUUUUACUACACCAAAUCUGGCCCCCUUUGCAAAACGUUUGGACACCCCUGUUAUAGAGUAUUCGACGAGGAAUACGAUAGACCCAUUAAUAGACUUUUGUGGAAAAAUAAUUUAAGUGGUCCCAUGGAUAAUGAAGUGGCCUGUGAAAAUCAACGUAAAACAACUUAGCAAGGACUUUCCAGAUAGUACUAGGUGAGUCACUCUUUAAACAAUCAUGUGGUAUUAAUAGCUGAUUUGGACAUUCUUAAACAUGUAUAAUCUAUGUGACAUGGUUAGUGCUGAUUGGGAUAGACAACAGAAUUGUUAGAUAAUCUGCCAAAUUAUCCCAAGGUAUUGAAAUACUUCCUACACUUGUCGCUGUGAAAGUGCAGUAAAGCUGCGUGUGCUAAAUCUGUUGGCCCACUGGGGGCCCCUGCUGGCUGGGGGCCUUAGGCAAUUGCCUGGUUUGCCAAAUGGGAUGUGACGCCUCUGCAAGGAGUGACUCAAAAAUGUCCGAGGAUCAACAUAAAGUAGCCGCAGGCAGUUUGCAGACCAGCAGAGCCAAGCAUCCCCACGCAAUUUCUCCAGAAAAUGCAUUUUGUAGUUUUUCAAUGACCUUGACGACAAUCGACUGCUCCUCCCACUUGAAAAAGAUCGGCUGUCUUGUCAAUGGCAGCCAAUGACUUAAUGGCGUACCGCACGCAACACGUCUUUUGCUCAUUAAUAUUCAUGACGUUAGCAAUUGUGGCUAAGCGGGUCAAGCUCCCGUUUGUCCCUAAUGCUAAAUGCAUGGAAAUAGUGUACGAAGGAGAUGUUUACUGAGCUAAAGCUACCAAUUUUGUCUGAAAAUAAUGUCCCUGGUGCCAAAUUCACUGGUAAAGAUGUGGAAGAACAUAGAAAUGUUCAGUUAAAGAGAUGGCUUGAGUGUCGAGGGCUGAAAAAGACGAGCCGACCUGAUCUAGAGGUAGCUUUUUUAUCGACACCUUUUUCUUGUGUGCAUUGCUUACGCCACUGACACUCAAAUUCUCCUGUUUCAACAAUUUAUCCUUUACCACCAUAUGCCUAGUCUCCCUUCUAUAUUAUAUUCUCUGGUUGUCUUACAUCUAUGACCGUUCUUGGGGGUAAUUUACAUUGCUAUUUUUUUUGUGUAGCGAUUGCAAAUGCUACUCAGUGACAGCCAAUGAACACUUUUAAUUUUUUCAUUAGUAUAGAAUUUUAAUAUUUGUUAUUAAAGUUUUUUUUUUUUUCACAACAGAAAAGGUAACAACAGUGGCAGUCAGAUACCAUUUUAAUUGUUUUCAUUGUCAAACAGAAACAGCACAGCAAGGCGCCAUGCUAAAAAAUAAGUAAAAAUAUCAAAAUGGCUUACCUCUUCGUCCUUUGUAGGACCAUGGCCUCCAAAAUGUUUACUGCAUAUGAAGGUGAAUAGCUUCAGCUUGCUGGCGUUAAACUGGUCUUUUGACAUCCGCACAAGUUGAUCCAUUCUUCACUUUUUUCCCUCUUUUUUUGGGGGGGCUUCGGGAAACGUAUGAAUAAAAACAUCCUUCAUAUGUCGUAAUGUCUAGAGUCGUUUCACUAGUUCCAUGGCAGCACUGUUUACUCGGCAUGUUCUCUUUGAAAGAUUACCAGCAGAAAAAAGGAGUAAUGACAUGCGUUGUAUGUGAGGGCGUGUCUAUGUUGACCCACUUCCGGGUUAAGAUGGCGACGGUCAGUCUAAAAAUAGCAUUCGUACGGUACGCUAUUGCUAAUUCUGUUUACAUGUGAAACUAAUGCUGCAUUCGAGGAAGGUGGGAAGUCUGGAGUUUUCCAACCUCUGACGUAACAAGGACUGCAGGUAUCGAUUCAAUUUGGCAAUGUGACCUUUGACCUCAUGCCCACAAAAUUUAAUCACAGUAGGGCUUCAGUAUUUUAGUAGUCAAUUAUUCUAUCAACCAGUUAGUUCGAAUAAUCGAGUCAUCGGAUUUAAUGCAUUGCAUAAUAAAUUUUAGGAGAUUAAAACAAAGGCUUGCUAAAAUUGCACUUUCAAAGGAGCAUUAAAUGCAAAUACAAAAUAAAAUUCUGGAGCGUUUCUUCAAACUAUGCAGAAUUGUUCUCUGUCAUGUAAAAAAAAAAAAAAAAACGGUAUGAAAAAGAUAUAAAUAAAUUAGGAUCUAAGUUAAGGUUGUCGACAGUCCCGGAUCGCGCUGGACAACCAGCAACAUAGGAAGUUCCGAUUGGUACCGACGGUGGGUUUGUUUGAAUGCGGGUUGUCCCACACAAUUGGAACUUCCUAUAUUGCGGGUUGUCCCACACGAUCCGGGACUGUUUGCAACCCUAGUCUAAGUACAACCAAGAGAACAAUUGGCUAACUUGCAUAGCAAAAGUCCGCUGACUUCAAUGCUCUUUUUUUUUUUUUUUUAUACAAUUCUCUUAACAAAUCGUUCAAACACAUAUUCCCACAAAAAACAGCUAAUUGUACUUAUAAACUAAACUAUGAAUGCAUAAAAAAACAAUAGCUCAAACAAAAUGUACCUUAUGUUGGUCUUAACAUGGAGCAGAUGGAUUCUGCCAUGUUAAAUGAGUUGUAUCAAAUUCACUGUUGCCAUUAGAGGGCAGUGUAUCCACCCAAAUCAAUAAAACUAAAUGCAGACACUUCCAAACCAACCUUUACAACGCCACUCUAGUUAAACGAAUUCUCAAUGCAGCGAAAUUUGAUUCGAAGUUUUUUUCUAAUCGAAUUACUGGAGUUCAUCAUUUCAUCGUUGAAUCACUAAGCGCAACUCGAAGUGGGAUAUCCUAGUCACUUUAUGAGUUGCUUCAAUCUGGCGCCACUCGACAAAAUGGUGCUCAAGACAACGAGCUAGGUUUGCUGGAGGUUAAAAAUGUCUUUUGAUGGCCAAAAUAAAAAAAAAAACAACUUGGCCAUUAGAUUAGCCAUCUUUUCUGUUUAAUUCCCUUGGAACUCUUUGAGAUCGCAAGUGGUACAAACCGAGUGGCAUAGGUCCGACUUCCUACCUUCCUCAAAUGCAGCGUUAGGUCCGUUGAAGAUUUCCUCAUUCUUCGCUCACAUUGGUUGACACAUGCUCGGGAUUGAGAGUGGCCAAUCAGCAGGCGUGUUGUGAGUCGCCGUGUUGAAGUGGCGACAAUUUGACAGUCCAAAAAGUCAGGAAAGUGAAAGCGA